AUGGAGACGGCACGCACCCCACCCCCUCCCAGGCCGAGGGUCUCGAGCUCGAGCUCGGAGUCUCCAGUUCUCUCCUCUCCCCCCACCCCCGCCCUCGCACUUCAACCGAGAUCUUGCAUCGCCCCCUGGCGGCCUAGCUCGGAACUGAGCCAGGGUCGAAAACGGCAAGGGGCUGCCCGCGGCGAAAUCGCUGAGGGCUCUGGGGAGCCAGCUUGCUACUGGGUCCUGCUCCCAGCGGCCGGGGCGCGGGGACAGUGGCCUCAGUCCGCCCGUCUUUCUUCACUGACGCAGAGACCUUGCCGAGCGGACGCGUCUAUCUCCCCGCCUCGCGCCAGCCUCAGCCCAGGUGGGUCUCGGGUUACUCGAUGGGAGUGA